GCGUGCAAAUGCGAAGUUUUUAAGUGUCUUUUUGACGCGGAUCAAGUUUCACUUUUACGGCAGAGAAUGGUGCUACAUGUUAUUUGAUGACGGAUUUAAUCAUUUCACCAACAAUAUAGAAAAAAAUCAUGCCGCCCAAAGGAAAGCAAGGUACUAAGGGUGCCAAGCAGAUAGUGGAAGAAAACAAAUCAACACUUAAGUUUUAUCAGUAUGUCAUCGGUGGAGUCAAUGUUUUAUACUUGCUGUUGCAAUAUUUUCUCUUCUGGGAGUCCUUCACAGCACUCUAUGUGUUCCUUUGGCUGUCCUCGGUGGCUCUCUGUCUGGGUAGCUACCAGUUCAUGGCCAGCAUGGGGCGAGCCAAAUACUCGACGGACGGAGGUUUGCUAGACAGCGGCAUUGAUCUGAACAUGGAAGCUGGCAUGGCAGAGCAUGCCAAGGACCUAGUCCUCCUUACAAGCAUUGUGCAAUGUCUCAGUCUGGUAUCUAACUACUUCUGGAUAUUAUGGCUAAUGGCCCCAGGCCGGGCUUUCUAUCUCCUCUGGGUCAAUAUUCUGGCCCCCUGGUUUUUUGCACCACCCCCAGAGGUAGACGAGAAAAAACAGAAGAAAAUGGAAAGAAAGAUGAAAAGACAAUAAGCUAGUUUUAGGAGAUUUAUUUAUUGUUUUGCACUGUUCAUUCCUUUUUCUAUUCAGAGGAUGAGGAGAGUCUGUGAUUAGUGUGUAAUGGUAAUUUUUAUUGUAACAGUUUGUGCUGCAAAUUUGUUUGACUCUUAAAAAGUUUAUAGUAGAAUAUCAUGUUAAUUCCUUCAUUGAAUUAAGUGUGAAUGUUUGCAAUAUUGUAAUGGACUGGUAUGGUGUCAUUUCCCUUAAUGGUCACAUAUUCAUUGUAGCUCAUGAAUUUAUAAAAGCAAUCUAGGAACAGUCAUUUGUGUAUAGACUACAACACAUAGUAUUGUUUUAUUAAAGGAAUGAGAUAUGAAGAUUUUCACACAGGUGGCAAAGGACAAUAACUUUCUGUAUACUGAACUUGUCUGUUUAUUCAAAAACAGAGACUCAUUGGUUUUGAGAAGUUCUCUUAUACUGGUAAUUACAUGUACUAAUAUACUAUUUUACAUUGAGAAUUAGAGUUUUAUUUUUUGAGUGUAUUAAAGUGAAAUGAUAAAUGAUGUCAAUCAAAUGCAUACCGUAAAACAUGCUAAUAGCAAAGUGCCAGGGGCAAGCAAUUUUCAUUCAUUAUAAAUGUAAUUUGUUUCAUGUAUAUUGGUUGAGUUCAUAAAAUAAUAUGAAACUAUCUUCACUUUGAAAGGGAAUUCAUUAAAAGCAUGUGCACUGUAACCCUGUUUUACUGUAUUCAUGUAAUGUCCAGUGGUCUCUAGUGUCAUUUGUGUUCAAACAAUAUGAAUAUUGUAUGAAUACCUUUGUAAUCAGAUUUUCAUAAUUUUUUUAAUUUCUGACAAUUAUUGAAUAUUUAAUUAUUGAAUAGAAAUUUUGAUUUGACAUAAUCUUAGAGAUUGUGAAUGUAAAUUAUUGUUUAAAAGAAACAUGUAUUUGUAACAAAUAAACUUUUUACAAAUUUAAAUACUGGUACACAUCUAUACAUGGAUGAGAAAUGUUCAAUAUCAGUAAUAAAAUUAUUUUAGGGGACAAAUUUUGAGCUUUGCAUUAAUUUAUGACAGUUGGUAAAACUGUUUUACAUUAU